AUGAUACCCACAACCAGACAGCUUAAAAAGGCUGCCCGUAUUAUCCUUGUCGGAGCGCCGGGCGUCGGAAAGGGAACGCAGACGGAGAGACUUCUCACCAGGUUUCCCGAGCUGGCCUCGAUUAGCUCCGGGGAUCUUUUGCGUGAAAAUGUUCGCAACAAAACUCCCUUGGGUCUCAAGGCCGAAGCCACGAUGCAGUCCGGAAAUCUUGUUCCCGAUUCGAUGAUCCUUGACCUUAUAUCUUCCGAAUUUAAAUCCAAAGGCUGGAUGACUGCCUCGUCGCCGUCCUCGAUAUCCUCCUCCGCUUCAUUUAUCCUCGACGGUUUCCCUCGUACCGCGACCCAAGCAUCGACCCUAGACUCCCUUAUCCCCGUGAACUUUGUCGUCCAGCUUGUCACGCCGCCGUCUGUCAUCCUCUCUCGCAUAGCCUCUCGCUGGAUUCACGAGCCAUCUGGCAGAGUGUACAACAUUGGGUUCAACACUCCCAAGGUGUCUGGCAAGGACGACAUCACCGGGGAGCCCCUAACGCAGCGAGAAGACGACUCGGUAGAGACGUGGACGCAACGGCUUCGCAAGUUUGAAGAGACCAGCAAGGCGUUGCUCGAGCACUACCAGCGUAAGGGCUGUCUAUGGCGCGUUGAGGGCGAUACCAGCGAUGAAAUCAGUCCCAAGCUUUUCGCAGAAAUCGAGCGGAAGUUCUGCUAG